CCUAGCACAAAACUGAACUGCAUCUCAUCUAAGCAGACUCUCUCCCUAAUUAGUUAGGCUAUGACCUUCAUCACCUGAUCCAGCAUCCGGCGUCGCUGAAGAGUGACACCGUUUUAUAUCUAAGAAAGACAUCGGCGACUUUUAACGUACGUCACCGGUGUCAUUGAAACAAGGGGAGUAAUUAUCAACGACACCGCCUACAGGCUGUGUUUUUAAUUGCGUGAAUUAUAUUAUACGUUAUAAUUAUCUCAUGUUUAGGUGAACGUUGAUGUUCGUGCUUAAGACUAGGUGAUAUUACAGGUUUCAAGCUCGGCCUUCUAUAGCCUUCAUGAUUAAAUAUGUCAUUUCAUCACAGCUUUACAUCGUUAAUUAGUUGUUCCCUAUUUUACAGGACAGGGAACAUGGCUUUUAAUCAACAACAAAUCAAUCAAUGAAAUUUUCAUUCGGACUUUAUAUCAAACAUUCUACUGGUGAGUAGAAAAUAUACCUACAUCACAUCUGUUCCUCACAUGUAAACGGAGGAUUGUGAUAUCUAAGACAAGAAACUGAACCAUAACAGAUUAACUCACAGACACGUGUCAGUUUUUAAAGAAUUCCCCAAGAAUUAAUAUGGAGAAGAGCAAUCACUUGGAUACUUCAAACGCAAAUGUUUUUAACAAUAUAGAUAUAGUUGCACAGACAGAUAUAGAUGAGAAACCUGUCCUUGGCGAAGUAUUUACUCAAGAAAGAUCGUUACAGGAAAAUCUUACUGAAUAUAGAUGUGAUGUUUGUCGGAAGACCUUCUCUUCAGAACGUGAAGUCUUCACGCACAAAGAAAUACACAGCAAGGAGAAUCAUUAUCAAUGUGAAAUAUGUGGGGAGUAUUUUGUCUCUGAUAAUGUUUUAAGAAUACACCAACGAAAACACGCCCAAGUCAAACCGUUGGGCUGUGAAAUAUGUAGUAACAAUUCUAGUCUUAUUAUCCACGUUUGCAGUCAUACUAACGAAAAACCGUUUCACUGUGAAAUGCUCAAGAAAUCUUACUCUGGUAAUCCUAGUCUUAUAGUCCAUAAACGAAUGCACCCUGGCAAAAAGGCCUAUCACUGUGAAAUCUGUGGAGAAUGUUUCUGUCAGAAAUCUAAGAUGACUUUACAUAAAUAUAGUCACACUGGAAAGAAGCCGUUCUAUUGUGAUAUAUGCGGGAAAUGUUUUGUGAGGAAGUGUACUUUGUCGACACACAAAAAAAUUCACUCUGGGGAGAAACCGUGGCACUGUGAAAUCUGUGAGAAGUCGUUUGCGAAAUCUAGCCAUUUAAGCAGGCAUAAAUUAACACACACGGGAGAAAGACCUUUCCCUUGCAAUGUAUGUGGGAAAUCUUUUAUUACUAAUGAUAACUUAAAAACGCACAAGAUGAUACAUUCUGGGGAAAAACUAUUUCGCUGUGAAAUAUGUGAGAGAUCUUUUGUCUCUAAUACUCAUUUAAGCAGACACAACAGAGUCCAUAGUGGCGAGAAGCCCUUUCAUUGUGAGAUUUGUGGGAAAGGCUUUGCCUCUAACAGUGAUUUAAACAGGCAUAAACGAAUUCAUACUGGAGAGAAACCAUUUCAUUGUGAAAUGUGUGGGAAGUCAUUCUCUGAUAAUUCUAAUCUUGUGGGUCACAUCCGCAGCCAUACUGGGGAAAGACCGUAUCAUUGUGAAACUUGUGGGAAAUGUUUUGUGACCAGUAGUCACUUAAAAAGACACUUACAAACACACACUGGAAAGAAGACUUGAAACUGUGGAAACAGGAGAAAGCUUUCUUUUAAAGAUCUAAACUUAUUGUCUUACUGGUGAAAAACGUUGAAACUAGUUCUGUUUGAAUUAAGACAUACUUGCCAGGUAUGUUUCCAUGGAAGGUUGGAAAUGAAUAACACUGCUCAUUUGGCAGUAACACUCGUGUAAGACUAGGAGACAUGCACAUAUACACAUGUUAGAAAAAAGACUCUCAUCUUAGUCUAUUCACCUCAAUAGACGUCAUCGAUUGGUUGAAAUUGCUGAAAUGCAAGAAAUUAAGCAACAAAUAGCUUACAAACUACAGAAUUUUCUCAAGAAAGCCAAAAGAAAAAGAUGUUUUAUAAACACAUUCUACCAGUAUACGAAGUUUAAAAGUGUUUAGUUACGUGGAAAUUAUUUUAAAAAUCUGCCGGUGAAAAGAUCCAAUAUUUCUGUUUAAAAAGGAAUGUCUUCCACAUUGACGUCAUAAAGAGAUGUUUGUUUGAAAAGAAGGUUAAUGUUUGCUUUAACACCCAGCCACCAAAAAAAAAAAAAAAACAAUGUGCAUUCAACUAAUAUAUAAACAAAAAAUUGUGCCAAUGAACCGUGGGGUGAGGAGAGGAAGAGAACUUUCGGAAAAUUCCGAAAGUCGUCUCCCCACCUUUCGGUUCGUUGGCACAAAUAUUUGUUUUUCAUAUUCCGUUUAAUACACAUAUUUUCAUACCUAUUACACCGGGGGUUUUUUUUUUUUGUUGUGGCCAGGUGUUCAUCAUCAGUUAGCGUCCGCUUUCCAUGCUGGCAUGGGUUGGACGGUUCAACGGGUCUGGGAAGCCAGAGGGCUGCACCAGGCCCAGU